AUGAGGGUGUCCGUGCCGGGUCCGGCGGCCGCUGCCGCCCCCGCAGCCGGCCGCGAGCCCUCCACGCCCGGCGGGGGCGGCGGAGGCGCCGUCGCUGCAGCCUCAGGCGCCGCGGUGCCGGGCUCCGUGCAGUUGGCGCUGAGCGUCCUGCACGCCCUGCUCUACGCCGCGCUGUUCGCAUUUGCCUACCUGCAGCUGUGGCGGCUGCUCCUGUACCGCGAGCGGCGGCUGAGUUACCAGAGCCUCUGCCUCUUCCUCUGUCUCCUGUGGGCAGCGCUCAGGACCACCCUCUUCUCCGCCGCCUUCUCGCUCAGCGGCUCCCUGCCCUUGCUCCGGCCGCCCGCUCACCUGCACUUCUUCCCCCACUGGCUGCUCUACUGCUUCCCCUCCUGUCUCCAGUUCUCCACGCUCUGUCUCCUCAACCUCUACCUGGCGGAGGUUAUAUGUAAAGUCAGAUGUGCCACUGAACUUGACAGACACAAAAUUCUACUGCAUUUGGGCUUUAUAAUGGCAAGCCUGCUCUUUUUAGUGGUGAACUUGACUUGCGCAAUGCUAGUUCAUGGAGAUGUCCCAGAAAAUCAGUUGAAGUGGACUGUGUUUGUUCGAGCAUUAAUUAAUGAUAGCCUGUUUAUUCUUUGUGCCAUCUCUUUAGUGUGUUACAUAUGCAAAAUUACAAAAAUGUCAUCAGCUAAUGUCUACCUCGAAUCAAAGAUUACAGGAUCUCAUUCUUUCUUAUGGCUGAAUAGUACUCCAUUGUGUGGUAUGUCUCUGUGUCAGACUGUCGUCGUGGGCUCUGUAGUCAUUCUUCUCUACUCUUCCAGAGCUUGUUAUAAUUUGGUGGUGGUCACCAUAUCUCAGGAUACAUUAGAAAGUCCAUUUAAUUAUGGCUGGGAUAAUCUUUCAGAUAAGGCUCAUGUAGAAGACAUAAGUGGAGAAGAGUAUAUAGUAUUUGGAAUGGUCCUCUUUCUGUGGGAACAUGUGCCAGCAUGGUCGGUGGUACUGUUUUUCCGGGCACAGAGAUUAAACCAGAAUUUGGCACCUGCUGGCAUGAUAAAUAGUCACAGUUAUAGUUCCAGAGCUUACUUUUUCGACAAUCCAAGACGAUAUGAUAGUGAUGAUGACCUGCCAAGACUGGGAAGUUCAAGAGAAGGAAGUUUACCAAAUUCUCAAAGUUUGGGCUGGUAUGGCACCAUGACUGGGUGUGGCAGCAGCAGUUACACAGUCACUCCCCACCUGAAUGGACCUAUGACAGAUACUGCUCCUUUGCUCUUUACUUGUAGUAAUUUAGAUUUGAACAAUCAUCAUAGCUUAUAUGUGACACCACAAAACUGACAGCAUCACCAAGUCAUGAUUCUUGAGUUGUUUUUCAUAAAUGUGUAUAUUCAAUGUGUUUAAAUUCCAUCUACAUAAACAUUCCAUUAUCUGUUGCAACUGAAAACAAAAUCUGGAAGUGUGGCUGUGUUUGGUAAAUAACACAGCUAUUAUUUUUGACCUCUUCAUAGUAAAAUGAAGUAAAAUGGAAAGUUUGGAGUAGGAGAAAAGAGAGAUUAGAUCUUAAGGCACUUGAUGGCCUCCAAAAAUCCUGACUUUGGAACAUCAAAUGCAUAUGUGCACUUUUAUCUUUGUUCUGAGUCACUGCAGUCCCCAAAGUCAUAUGCCAAUGUUCACACUGAAAUACUAUAUUGUACACCAAACUGGAAGGCAAUUUUCCUAUGAAAAUCAAAGCCGGUAUAUUCAUUGGUAUGCUCUAUACAGAAAUCUUAAUAAAAAUUUUAUAGUGUGAACAGUGCACAGAGUUAAGGCAUAAAAAUGUAUCAUUCUUUAUAAAAAUCUACUGAAAAUGUGUAAUCAUUGAAGACAGUUCUUUUAAGCAUGAUUUUAAAAUAGCGACUGAAAUUCAAUCAUUUUAAACAAAUGAUGGUAGUAAUCCAUUAGUUAUGGCCAGCAGUGUUCUUUGGAGAGCCACAAUAAUUUCAAGAGGAAAAUAUACCAGUGAAAAUUGUGUGGCUAUUUUGAGUAGAAUUGGUCAGUUGAUUAUUUUGUGUAAUUGAGAUAUAUGUAGUAGUUUAAGCAUGAUUCUUGAAGAAAGCAAUAGUGACUUUUGCAUAGGGAGAUUUUGGUAGAAACUUCUUGGGACUAAACAAGUUUAGAGAUGCAUUUAAGAAUUAUUCACAAAAUGUAUAAUUCUAAAUUAAAACAUAAAUAUAUUUUCAAAAGCAUUUGAUUUCUCUGAAGCAUGAUAUAGCUGGUCUUACCUAGUGAAUCAGGAUUGUCCUCAGGUAAAUGAAAUCAUGAUACAUUAUUGGAGUGAACUCAAGUGCAAUACUUUGUAAGACAUAUAAUUCCUAUGACGUUCACAUUUUUAUAGCUUAUAUAUGGGAAAAGCCAAAUUAAAUUGAAUUCAAAUUAAUUCCAGCAUUAGACUAAAUGAGAAAACUUAAGUAAAUGUACAAACUAGGUAAGUAUAAAACCACAGGUUAACAAUAUUGGAGUACUUUUAGAAUUAUAUUAAAACUGUCUUAAAUGUCCUAUCCCAAAUCUAAAAAAAAAGAAAAUGGUAGGCUGAGAUAAUACAGAAUUUUAAAAUGCACUUUGUACCAGUGUCUAUAUGGAAAGAAGUAGAUGUUGAAUACCUCAAGAUGCCAAGGGAACAAGCAACAUUGGGAAGUUGUCACAACAUGCUCAAAGCCAAACUACAAUUGUCUGCUAUCUAUUUCUUCAGAACUGGAACUAAUACGACUAUCCUUUUCUGUUUUAUACUUUGAUUAGAAUGUUAUUUCCUUGCUUACUUAAAAUGUACUUCAACUUUUUAACAACUGAUACAAUAACUUCAUAAAAGUAUAACACUAGGUUGAAACCUUAAGGAAAAAUUGAAAUUGUUAAUGCUUUUGAUCUUUUGGGAGGCCAGUACACAGACAAAUAAAUUUCUUCUUUUUAUGAUACAAAAUGACUUUGUAUUCAAUCAGAAGCAUAUACUUAUGUUAUUUUGGGUUUGUUUAUAAUUCUCUCAUUGUAACCAAAUUAUUUAAAAAUGUAUAGUAUAAAAAGUUACCCGUGGUAUUAAGUGACAAAAGCGUACUUUUAUUACAACUUCAGUUGUUAGAUUUCUUCUCAGAAUGCCAACUGUUUAUUUUGCUAAUAAUGUUAGGCAUCUAAUCAUCUAGAGCUGUCUGAAAAGAUAUGUUGUCUUUGUUAAUCCUUGGGGUUCAAGGUGAUAAAGUUUUUCUAGUAAGGCUCCCCUUGAUAAUGUUCCUAUUUGACCAAACUAACAAAGAUUACUUUUUAAAAAUUUUUCAGAUAAAAUAACUUGGUUCUUUCUGCUGCAUUAGUUGAUUGUUCCAAAUUUGAGGUUUGUAAGUUUAUUCUUAUCACUGACUAGGGUACCUUUGUCUCCUUAUACACAUCUAACAUAUCACCAAAGACAAAUAAAGAUACACUCUGGCCCAAUCUUUGCUUAAAAAUUCCAAAGCACUAGGAGCACUUUAAGUUUGGUCUCGAAAGGAGUUGUUUAUAAAAUCAAAGGGCUACCGAUUCCCUGUUCAUCCUGCACUGAAGCACAUGAUGACAAUAUCAAACCUUCAUUUUUGUUCAUUAAAAAGUGAAUUUCAUUACUUAAGUGUGUAAUUCUAUAGUGAUUGGCAGUAUUUGUUUUCAUCAUUUCACUUGGGUGGCCAUUAAUUUUGAAACCUUUACCACUCAUUGUAGUUGGUUGUAGUUUUAUGGAAAAUGUAAUUUAUAGCUAAAGUGGCUUUUUUAUGCAUAACUGCCUUUUUUAUUGUUUAACAGUGUUUCUCAGCUAUAUAAUCAGUUUCAAACUGGUUGUAAAAGUAUAGCUGUGGCCAAUGAAUGUAUUUAUUUGUUGUUUCACUAAAUUGUAACAAAACACUACUAUUAAAAAUAAAAGUGUUUGUGCUUUUAU